GCUGCCUAUCCAGGAGUAUCAGGAUGCUCGACCCAGAAUAUUGAUCGGACUGGACAAUAUCCGGCUGGCCGUUCCGUUAAAGACAAGAGAGGGGUCCGCGGGGGAUCCUGUAGCGGUAAAGUGUAGGCUUGGAUGGAGUGUGUACGGGAAAGCCAGUGGCGCACAUUCUGGGAAGGUACUGCACAUUUGCGAGUGCAAUGUAGGGGACGCAAAUCCCUGCAUUCAGGAAGCUUUACGCAAGUUCUACGAGUUGGAGCUGAGCUUUCCGGGGCGGAUCCGAAACGUAUCUGGUACUUGCCACUGGGAGUGGUAACUAAUCCGAAAAAGCCCGGGAAGGUGCGCAUUAUCUGGGACGCGGCUGCGAAGGUGCAAGGAACUUCUCUUAACGACAUGCUACUAAAUGGACCGGACGAACUGGCGUCUUUGCCAGGAGUGUUGUUUCGUUUCAGAGCGUACGGCAUAGCGGUGUGUGUGCUGAUGUAAAGGAGAUGAUCCUGCAAAUCCGCAUGCGGAAGGAGGACACGCAUGCACAACGUUUCCUGUGGCGAGAAAAUCCCACUGAUGACGUGGAGGUCUAUCUGGUAGACGUCGUUACGUUUGGGUCAGCAUGCUCUCCGGCCACCGCACAAUACGUCAAGAACCGUAACGCAAAAGAGCACGCUGAAAUGUAUCCUAGGGCUGAGAGUGGGAUUGUCUCCAGCACAUACGUGGACGACUAUCUCGACAGCUUUGGUACAGUGGAAGAGGCGGCCCGAGUUGCUAAAGAUGUCCACAGAAUUUUCCAAAAUGGAGGGUUCGUACUGCGUAACUGGUUAUCAAAUGAUGGAAAUGUGCUGGAGCAACUUGGUCUUGACAACACCUUCUUGAAUGCUAAGAGCUUGACGUCGGCCACGGACGAAGGAGAGCGCGUGUUGGGGUUACGGUGGAACCCGAAAUCAGAUGAACUGACAUUCUACACCCAGACGUGCAAGGAAAUGGCAAAGAUCUUCGACGCAGAACACACGCCCACUAAAAGAGAGGUGCUGAAAUGCGUAAUGUCGCUCUUCGAUCCCUUAGGGCUGCUGGCACAUUAUACUAUCCGCGGUAGGAUAUUGAUUCUGGAUCUUUGGCGUGCAGGCACUGCAUGGGACGAAACUAUCGACCAGAGACAGAUUCGUGAUUGGCGCCGAUGGGUGGACUUGUUUCCAAUAGUAGCGCAAAUCAGGAUUCCGAGAUGCUAUUUCCCGGGAGCGCUGGAAGAGAUGUACGACCAGGCGGAGAUGCACCUCUUUGUGGACGCUAGUCAGCUGGCUUAUGGGUGUGUGGUGUAUCUGAGGGUCAUCGACGCCGACGGGGAGCCGCAUUGUACAUUGGUAUGCGGCAAGUCCAAAGUAGCUCCUCUGAAACCGCUGACUAUCCCGAAGAUGGAGCUGCAGGCCUGCCUAUUGGGUUUGCGAAUGCUGAGAACAAUGGAAAGUCAUCACCCAUUUCGCACCAAGAGAAGGGUUCUUUGGACGGACAGUAUGGUGGCAUGGAUACACGCGUAUCCGAGGAACUACAGACCGUUCGUCGCCAAUCGAGUGGCGGAGAUUCACGAGAAGUCGGAUCUCACCGAAUGGCGAUGGGUGCCUACUCACGAGAAUCCAGCGGACGAGACGACGAAAUGGAAGGGGCAGACUAAACUCGGCUGGGACAGCAUCUGGUUCCAGGGUCCAACGUUUUUGCUACUGGAUGAAUCAUCGUGGCCGAUGAAAAAACCGGUCUCCACUACUCCAGAGGAGGAAAUACGGCGGGUUCAUCUUCAUCUGGAGAAAGUGAAUCAUGAUCUUCUACCCCUCGAUGCGGAGCGCUUCAGCCGUCUGGAGAGAAUGCUUCGAACACUGGCUUGGAUCAUCAGAUAUGCGGAUAACUUGAAGCGAAGUGUGGAUGGAAAGCCCAAGUAUUUUGGCUUGCUUACGCAAGAGGAGAUGGAGCGAGCAGAAAGGGUUAUGUGGCGACGAGCGCAGGGAGAAUUCUUUCAGGAAGAAGUACGAGGUUUGAAGGAUAUGGGCGAGGAAGCUAGAUGUCGCACGGUAUCAAAGGACAGCCCAAUAUGCGGACUCCUACCCUAAGCGGAUGAAUUCGGUAUUUUGCGAAUGAGGGCUCGACGAUUUCGACACGCUAAUAACGAAACCGUAGUGAACGAGCUGAGGCAGCAGUAUCAAAUUCCCAAGAUGAGACGGUUGGUGGCGAAGGUGGCCCGAUGCUGUGUAUUCUGCCCGAUCCGACGUUCUUUGCCACAGAUCCCCCCGAUGGCGCCUCUUCCGGCACAAAGGCUUACUUCCCAUGUACGGGCCUUUACAUACGUAGGUCUGGAUUACUUCGAACCAUUGUUUGUUCGAAGGGGUAGAGCGAGAGAAAAGCGCUGGAUAGCGCUUUUUACAUGUUUGACCGUUAGAGCCAUCCAUUUGGAAGUCGUCAGCAGUCUCUCCACGGAUUCGUGCAUCAUGGCAGUAAGGCGAUUUGUGGCGAGAAGGGGCUCACCAGUCGAAUUCUUCAGCGAUAACGGGACUAACUUCCAGGGCGCCAGCCAACAGCUGAGGAGGGAAAUUGACGCUGAAAUUGAUAUUUCUAGGUUUGCAUGUCUGUGCUUUCAAAUAUGUUUAUCUAUCGUUUAUACUUGGUCGUUCAAGUUAAAUUUUUUCCUGGUCAAAAAAUAAGCGUGUCUUUGCUUUUCAUUGUGUUUUAAACUUUAAGAGCGCCUAGUUUACCUUUCGUAAAUUGCUGAUAGUGAAAAUAUUUGGUUUGAAAUGCAGUUCCUGUAUAACUCCAUUAAUGCAGAAAACGAGUCGAAUCAGAAACUAUGAACACUUAGGAGGAAUCUUCGAUAUAACUCUAAUCCUCUUGCUUUGACUGAAACAGCGUACGCAAACGAUGAUUUAAUUUGUUGCCGUUUAUUACAUACUUGGAUAUUACAUUGCAGAUUCGUUGAUAACUUUCGGAUUUCCAAAUCUAUUUUCAUGGAUUUGCUUGAUGGUCACGAUUUUUCGAUUGAUGCGCAAAGAGCACAUGAAAUUACAAAAGAAGAAAAAUUAGCAGCAUGUAUUAUUUUUUUAGCGAAUGGCAGAUACCAACAUGGUGUUGGAAAAGAUUUUCAUAUCGCAAUGGCGCAAACAACUUUUAGUAAGGUUUUUCGGAGUACAUUACAACCACUUCACUCAUUGGUUGGGGAUUGGAUAAACAUAGCUAUGAACGAACAAGAGGGACAAGAAGCUAAGGAUUAAUUCCUUUUGAAAAGCGGGACUGAGGACGUAAUUAUGUGCGUAGAAGGAACUCAUGUAAAAAUUAGGAAACCGAAAGAUCGUCCCCUGCUUUACCUAAACAGGAAAUAAUUUUACAGUAUCAACACUAUGAUUGUAAGUAUAAAAUAGCAAACCUAAUAUAGCACACGGCAGGACCGGGUUCAAAUCCCAUCCGGACCGUCCCCCCGUAGCAAGGACUUGUAAGCGUAUACAAGUAAUACAAAUUCACUAUUUUAUUCAUCUACAUACCGAAGACAACAAACAUUGAUAAUUAUUACACUCUGUAAUUUAUUUUUGGUGUGAUAUUUUAUAAAAUGAUAGCCAUGGUGCAUCUUAGGCUUGUCUGAACACAUGUCACAACAAUAUGUAACUUCUCGCCUUCCUCCAGGCGCGCUACGGUCAGAACAAACUUGGCAGUCCCUUUUUGUCCCUUUAAAUACCACGUGCAGCUUUCCAUUCAGUCGAAUUUCGUUGGAAUUCGAGUUGGCCCUUAGAAUCGACUGGCCGCCGGACCGGCUCCGCUCGAGUGAAAAGUGUUAAUGAAUAAUUCAGCUUCGUGUAGAGUUCCCAUAAAAAAAAAUUUUGUAUUCUGGAAAAAAUGGGUUUUUUCACACAAAAUGCUAUCAGCAUUAUAAAAAUCUUCAAACAUUGACCUAUGUGCAACAUAUUGCAUUAUUUAUUCGAACAACCGUAAUUUAAUGUGCAAAUUCUACCCGAAUCCGCAACUUAAAACGUCAGGGAUUUUCUUAAAUACUACCGGAACGAACGUAACCGUCAUAUGAUUCACUUUUUUCAAAAAGCACUCAUAUUCAAAACGAGCGGUAGAAUGAGCACCUUCUAAAGGAACGUGAGUGAAAAUUGAGUGUCGCGGCGUUCGAAUCUCGGCGAACGAAGAGGUGCUGAGGCCGAAUACCUUCUAGUUUUGGCGCGACAAACGAAGUGGUUUGAGCCGGUGAGGGAGCUGGUGGUAGGAGAUUUGGUACUAAUAGUGGAUGCCGGUGUCAGGAACCAAUGGAAGCGGGGAAUGGUCGAACGCGUGAUACCUGGAGCAGACGGACGUGUGCGGCAAGCCUGGGUACGCACCAACACGGGGACCCUAAGAAGACCGGUGGCGAAGUUGGCAUUGUUGGAAGUGAGACAUGGUGACCAGCAACCUUCUGGUCACGGGCUGGGGGAUGUUAACAAAGCAACGUAGGCGAACCCUUCAACCGGGCGAAACGGUUGUCGGAAGCGCCCGCUCCGACAGCGCUCAAGCUGGCCACACUGCUGCUGAGCGGAAUUAGUGGCGUGUGUGAGUGUGUAAGCGGUGCGGAUUCGAUCGGCAGUCAGAGCAAAAAGAUAAAAGGCAGCGGAUCUAAGGCGGACCUUUUUUUGAAGUUUUCUUUUUUGUUUUAUUAUCCCUGCGUGAACUAAUAGUGGAACUUACAAAUAAAUAAUACUAUCAAACGCCGAACCUGACCGCAAUUAUCUUUACAUUUUGCUUGCACCUUCCUUCAUACAUGCUAAUGUGUAUUACUUGCUUUUCUAGCUCACACAAAACCAACGUAUUUGCAGGUGCUUUUGCAGGUGUUGUCUGGUGAAUUGGUUGCAGUAAAAUAUUCAUUUUGCCAAAGAGCAACUCCUCCGGAAAAAACCUCAUUUUUUUGGGUUGUAAAAACCAGAAGAAAAAAACCAUGAAUAUGAAUAAACGAGCAACGAUUUCAUACGAAGAAAAGCAACGGAUUGUGCAAGCGUACCUUGAUCAACGUCGGGUUACCGAUGUAUCCCAGAUAAUCCGAAAAUUUAUGAAGCAUGGCGAAAUUGUGCAUGAUGUGCACAAACGCGGUGGCAUCAAAUCGAAGAAGCUUAAUAACGAGCAAAUAUCCAUUUUGAAAUCGUGGAUUGAUGAUGAUUGCUCAAUAUCAUUGAAAAAAUUGUCCGAAAAAUGUUUGCAUGAGUUUGACAUACGUGUAGCACCAUCCACGCUGCAUGCAUACAUCAAAGCGUUCUAUUAUUCCUUGAAACGGGUGCAAAUCCUUCCACAACGCCGAAAUGACGCUGCCAACAUAGAAGUGCGACAGCAAUAUUCAUCAUUACUUAUGGAGUUGCAAAUGGAACAGGAUCCAGAUAACUUCAUUUUUCUAGAUGAAGACGGAUUUAAUGUGUCUUUGCGAACCAAUAGAGGCCGCUCCAAAAUUGGAACUCCGGCUACUCAUGUUGUACCCAGGCAGCAAAAUUGCCGAUGUCGCGUGAACUUUUGUAUGGGAGCAACUUCAUCCAAUUUCUCAUCAUUAUGCCAGCAACAGCAGCACGGUGGAUGAGGUUCAUGCGACGCGUCGCGUGGGGUGUCCCCUGCGGGCAAGGUAACUCAAAUUCGGUUGGUUUUAGCAUGCCGCCUCUGUUACUCCUACACGAAAAAAAUGCUUGUGCUCCCUCUUCUAGUCCUUUGGCUUUGAAACGAACCGUUUCCUGCAGGAGAAGUGCACACACACGCAAGCACACAGUUAGUGAUGCCGUCGAUCGCGUUCAGUUUGUGUUAUCGUUUUGCAGCGACAGACGCGUGCCGAGAAGCCAUCGAUAAAAUAAAGGAUAUUUGCUGAAUAUAUUGAUAAAAGUUGCACAGCUUCAUUUCAACCAGUAAGGAAGAGAAAAACAUCUAGCCGGCGUCGUUCGUGCAUCGAAGCUACGUUGGAAAAUCACAGCGCAAAGAUGGAAAGCAGCUGUGUUUAGUGGUACAAUUAGUUAAAAAGUUAUAAUAUUAAGCAAAGUGGAAUGAAAAAGGCAUAAAAUUGUAUUUAAUGUUAAAAAUAAACAUAGCAAAAAAAUUUUUUAUCGUUGUCACACAAAUAUCGUGUCCAUCACUAUCACUAUUCUGAAAGAAAUCAUAGAAAAGAGGUAGCAAAGCAAGCGGGCGAGAGCGCCUGUC